AUUGAUGACAAGAAGCUCGAAAGCGAUGACGAACUGGAUGAGGAAGAUGCAGCUGGUGAUAUUGAUCUCGACGCAGAGGAUGCAAGUGUGCCAGACGACAGUGGUCGAAAGCGCAAGGCCGAUACGAAUGGGGAGGACGCGUCUCUAAACGGCGCCCAGUACGAGGAUAGGGACAAAGGAGAGGAGGAGGAUGAGCGGGAGCGCGCAACAAAGAAACCUCGAAUGGCGUCGCCAGCACCAGUAGUUGUGGAUGAGUUCGAGACGGAGGCGAAACGCGAAGUGGCAGCGAGUGCUGGGUUAACAGGGCAAGUUGAAGCAGGCUCACGACUCGAAUUGAGGCAUCAGGUGCGACAUCAAGUUGCCGUGCCUCCUGGCUACAACUACACUCCCAUUGCCAACCACGUCCCUCCUGCGAAACCUGUGCGAGAGUAUAAGUUCACACUCGAUCCCUUCCAACAAGUUUCGGUACACGCGAUUCAGCGGAACGAAAGUGUGCUCGUGUCUGCGCAUACUAGUGCUGGAAAGACUGUUGUCGCGGAAUAUGCCAUCGCACAAUGUUUAGAGAAUAAGCAACGUGUAAUUUAUACAAGUCCGAUCAAGGCACUGAGCAAUCAAAAGUACCGAGAAAUGCUCGCGGAAUUUGGAGACGUAGGACUAAUGACUGGAGAUGUUACGAUUAAUCCGACCGCAACCUGUCUGGUUAUGACUACUGAAAUUCUACGAUCCAUGCUUUAUCGGGGCUCUGAAAUCAUGCGAGAGGUGGCAUGGGUUAUCUUCGAUGAAAUCCACUAUAUGCGAGACAAGGAGCGGGGCGUAGUAUGGGAAGAAACAAUCAUAUUACUCCCUCACACUGUUCGCUAUGUGUUCCUUUCCGCGACCAUACCAAACGCCAUGCAAUUCGCUGAAUGGAUAUGCAAAUCUCACGAACAACCUUGCCAUGUCGUAUAUACCGACUUCCGACCAACUCCCUUACAACACUACCUCUUCCCACAAGGUGGAGAGGGUAUUUACCUUGUCGUAAAUGAGAAGGGCGAAUUCAGAGAGGACAACUUCAGCAAGGCGAUGGGCUCUCUUGUGGAUAAACAGGGUGAUGAUCCAGCUGACCCCAAGGCUGGGAAAGGACGGAAAGGGAAGACGAAGAAGGGCGGCGAGAAAAAAGGUCCUUCGGAUAUCUCCAAGAUUAUUAAGAUGAUCAUGUUGAAGAACUUCAACCCCGUUAUUGUCUUUGCGUUUAGCAAACGAGAAUGCGAAUCGCUUGCAUUAACGAUGUCAAAACUCGAGUUCAAUAGUGCAGAGGAACAGGAUUUGAUUACCAAUAUCUUCAACAACGCUAUCGACAAUCUUGCACCUGAUGACCGCCAGCUUCCCCAAAUAUCCAACAUCCUUCCGCUGCUGAAGCGCGGCAUUGGUAUCCACCAUGGAGGUCUUCUCCCUAUCCUUAAGGAAGUCAUCGAAAUUCUAUUCCAGGAGGGUCUUAUCAAAGUACUCUUCGCGACAGAGACAUUCUCCAUCGGUCUGAAUAUGCCUGCGAAGACUGUCGUCUUCACCGAUGUCAAGAAAUUCGAUGGUCACGAGUUUCGAAAUCUGUCAUCUGGUGAAUAUAUUCAGAUGUCUGGUCGAGCAGGACGUCGUGGUCUCGAUGACAGAGGCGUUGUUAUAAUGAUGGUCGAUGAGAAGCUUGAACCAAGCGCGGCGAAAAACAUGAUCAAAGGCGAGGCAGACCGACUAGACUCUGCGUUCCAUCUAGGCUACAACAUGGUGCUUAAUCUUAUGAAGGUCGAAGGCAUUAGCCCCGAGUUCAUGUUAGAACGGUGUUUCUAUCAAUUUCAAAAUAGCGCAAAUAUCCCUAUUUUAGAGAAAGAACUGAAAGCUCUGGAAGAAAAGAAGGCUUCAAUGAAGAUUCCCGAUGAGAAACUUGUCGCAGAGUAUUAUGAAUACCGAACGCAACUUGAUCAAAUGGGUGCUGACUUCCGAGAAGUAAUCACCCAUCCUACAUACAGUCUCCCUUUCCUCCAACCAGGUCGAUUAGUCAAAGUCAGAUAUCAGAAGCUUGACUUUGGAUGGGGUGUGAUCAUCAACUAUCAAAAACGCCUCCCACCAAAGAAUCGUCCCGGACCAACAGUCGAAGAGGUCCCUCCUCAUGAGCAAUACAUCGUUGAUGUCCUUCUCAACUGCUCAAAAGGCUCAUCCUUACCAAAAGAUCGCAACGUAACCACUGCAACACCCAACGGUGUUCAGCCUUGCCCUCCGGGGGAGAAGGGCGAACCGCUGGUUGUUCCCAUCUUACUAUCAACCAUCGAGGGCAUCAGUCUUAUUCGAAUAUUCCUGCCGAAGGACCUUCGUCCGCUUCAGGCGCGGGAGACAGCAUGGAAGAGCAUACUUGAAGUACAUCGACGUAUGGCCGACGGGAUAACGUUAUUAGAUCCUAUACAAAACAUGAACAUCAAGGAUGACAAGUUCAAGCAGCUCGUCAAAAAAAUCGAGAUCAUGGAAGGCAAGAUGUUCUCAAGCCCUCUCCACAAAGACCCUCGAUUACCGGAACUUUAUACCCUGUACCAUGAGAAACGGCAAUGCCAAACCCGAAUUCGCGAGUUGAACAAGCGCGUGCAAGCAACGCUUGAUAUCAUGCAACUUGAGGAGCUCAAGAGUCGAAAACGUGUAUUACGGCGGUUAGGCUUUACGUCAUCGUCGGACAUUGUUGAUAUGAAAGGUCGUGUGGCUUGCGAGAUCAGUACAGGUGACGAGCUGCUCCUCACCGAGCUCAUCUUCAAUGGCGUUUUCAAUCCUCUACUCCCGGAGCAAUGUGCGGCUCUCUUAAGCUGCUUCGUAUUCGAAGAAAAGAGCCAACAAGUAACGAAGUUAUCUGAGGAGCUCGCUGCGCCGUUGCGUAUAAUGCAAGGAAUGGCCCGACGAAUAGCAAAAGUCAUGAUCGAAUCGAAAAUGACUAUUAAGGAGGACGAUUAUGUUAAGUCGUUUAAGGUUGAGCUUAUGGAUGCUGUCAUCCAAUGGUGUCGUGGCGCCUCGUUCUCUGAGAUCUGCAAAUUGACAGAUCAAUUCGAGGGCAACGUCAUCCGGGUGUUCCGCCGUCUACAAGAACUCCUUCGACAAAUGUCCCAGGCGGCAAAAGUCAUUGGAAAUGACGAACUGCGGGAGAAGUUUGACAAGGCUCUUGAGAUGCUUGCACGACCAAAUUCUGUAAUUUUCUGUUCUUCGCUGUAUCUAUAGAUCUUCUUGUCUCCCUCUCGUUUCUGUCUUCAUUGACAUAGUCGUUUUGUAUCUCCUGCUUUGUCUUGCAUCGUCGACGACGUGAUGAGUUUUGCAUAAUCGUUUAUUGACUAA